AAUCAAUGAGAGAAACAAAUCACUCCAUGGUGACUGAGUUUAUUUUUCUGGGACUCUCCAAUUCUCAGGAACUCCAGAUUUUCCUAUUUGUAUUCUUCUUUAUAUUCUAUGUAGGAAUUGUGUUAGGAUAUCUUCUCAUUGUCAUAACAGUGGCUUCUGACUCCCACCUUCACUCUCCCAUGUACUUCCUGCUGGCCAAACUCUCAGUCAUUGAUCUAUGUCUGUCUUCAGUCACAACCCACAAGAUGAUUGCUGACUUUUUCAGUAAGCGCAAAAUCAUCUCUUUCAAGGGCUGCCUUGGUCAGAUGUUUCUCCUUCACUUCUUUGGUGGGAGUGAGUUGGUGAUCCUUAUAGCCAUGGCGUUUGACAGAUAUGUAGCAAUCUGUAAACCCCUUCACUACACCACAACUAGGUGUGGCAGUGUAUGUGUGGGCAUUGUUGUUGCUGCUUGGGGAACUGGCUCCCUCCACUCAGUGAGUCAGUUGGCCUUUGUGGUGAACUUACCCUAUUGUGGCCCCAAUGAGGUGGACAGCUUUUAUUGUGACCUCCCCAGGGUCAUAAAACUCGCCUGCACAGACACCCACAGGUUGGAUAUCAUGGUCAUUGCUAACAGUGGCAUGCUCAUUGUGUGUUCUUUUGUUCUCCUAGUCAUCUCCUACACUAUCAUCCUAGUGACCAUCUAG